UCCCCGUCCAGAGCCCGGGGGUUGCUGUGGCCGCAGCGUUCCGCCUCUCUCUGGGGGCCUCCCCAGGCGUGGACCUCUGAAGCUACCGACGGACAGCGUCUGGCUCUUCUGGGCUCCAGUGGGCGAGGGCCUGCAGGUUUCCUCCAGCUGGGGAGGACGCAGAGAGGAGGCGGAGGCAGAAGCACUUUCAGGCCCUAGGCCCGGCGGGCUGGGUCGGGUGAAGCGCGUCCAUCAUUCGCCAUCCAGGGCGCGCGCGGCCCUCUUGGGACCUCGCCGGCGACCCGUAGCUCGGGCGCGCGCCUGUCGCAGCCCGCAGGAAGGAGGGGGUCCAGCCUGAGGCCCGGCCACCAUGGAGAUCCCCUCGGCCCAGGGCUGGCGUCUGGGGCCUUGGGGACGGCCCUGACCGCCCUCCUCCCUGCCCGGCCUGGAUCGCUGACCUGCCCCCCGCGGCAUUCGGCCACCUCUGCGUCUCCGCCCUCCCCUGGCCGCGCUGCUGCCUGGGCGCGGCGGCGGCGGCGGCGGCGGCGCCCUGUUGAAUGGGCUGUGAGGGCCCAGGUUUGAAGCGCUGGCGAACGCGGCCUCCAGGGGCGCAAGGCAGCAGCAGCGGUGGCGACCAAACGGGUGUUGGAGUUGGCAGCGGCCAUGGAGGGCCUGGCUGGCUAUGUAUACAAGGCGGCCAGCGAGGGCAAGGUGCUGACUCUGGCCGCCUUGCUUCUCAACCGGUCUGAAAGCGACAUCCGCUAUCUACUUGGCUAUGUCAGCCAGCAGGGAGGGCAGCGCUCCACGCCCCUCAUCAUCGCAGCCCGCAAUGGGCACGCCAAGGUGGUGCGCUUGCUGUUAGAACAUUACCGGGUGCAGACUCAGCAGACUGGCACUGUCCGCUUCGACGGGUAUGUCAUUGAUGGUGCCACCGCUCUUUGGUGUGCAGCAGGGGCAGGACAUUUUGAAGUUGUUAAGCUUCUAGUCAGUCAUGGAGCCAACGUGAACCAUACCACAGUAACUAACUCAACCCCGCUACGGGCAGCAUGCUUUGAUGGCAGAUUGGACAUUGUGAAAUACUUGGUUGAAAAUAAUGCCAACAUCAGCAUUGCCAACAAGUAUGACAACACCUGCCUAAUGAUUGCAGCCUAUAAAGGACACACUGAUGUGGUCAGAUACCUUUUAGAACAACGUGCUGAUCCAAAUGCUAAAGCACAUUGUGGAGCCACAGCACUGCACUUUGCAGCUGAAGCUGGGCACAUAGAUAUUGUGAAGGAGCUGAUAAAAUGGCGUGCUGCUAUAGUAGUGAACGGCCAUGGGAUGACGCCAUUAAAAGUAGCUGCUGAAAGCUGUAAAGCUGAUGUUGUCGAACUGUUGCUCUCUCAUGCUGACUGUGACCGAAGAAGUCGGAUUGAAGCUUUGGAGCUCUUGGGUGCCUCCUUUGCAAAUGACCGUGAGAACUAUGACAUCAUGAAGACAUACCACUAUUUAUAUUUAGCAAUGUUGGAGAGGUUUCAAGAUGGUGACAACAUUCUUGAGAAAGAGGUUCUCCCACCAAUCCAUGCCUAUGGGAAUAGAACUGAAUGUAGAAAUCCUCAGGAACUGGAAUCCAUUCGGCAAGACAGAGAUGCUCUUCAUAUGGAAGGCCUCAUAGUUCGCGAACGGAUUUUAGGCGCCGACAACAUUGAUGUUUCCCAUCCCAUCAUCUACAGGGGAGCCGUUUAUGCAGAUAACAUGGAGUUCGAACAGUGUAUCAAGUUGUGGCUUCAUGCCCUGCACCUCAGACAGAAAGGUAACAGGAAUACCCAUAAGGAUCUCCUUCGAUUUGCCCAAGUUUUUUCACAGAUGAUACAUUUGAAUGAAACUGUGAAGGCCCCAGACAUAGAAUGUGUUUUGAGAUGCAGUGUUUUGGAAAUAGAACAAAGUAUGAACAGAGUAAAAAAUAUUCCAGAUGCUGACGUCCACAGUGCUAUGGACAAUUAUGAAUGUAAUCUCUAUACUUUUCUGUAUUUAGUGUGCAUUUCCACCAAAACGCAGUGCAGUGAAGAAGAUCAGUGCAAAAUUAACAAGCAGAUCUACAACCUGAUUCACCUUGAUCCCAGAACUCGUGAAGGUUUCACCUUGCUGCAUCUAGCUGUCAACUCGAAUACCCCAGUUGAUGAUUUCCACACCAAUGAUGUCUGCAGCUUUCCAAACGCGCUUGUCACAAAGCUCCUGCUGGACUGUGGUGCUGAGGUGAAUGCUGUGGACAAUGAAGGGAACAGUGCCCUUCACAUUAUCGUUCAGUACAACAGGCCCAUCAGUGAUUUUUUGACCUUGCACUCUAUCAUCAUUAGCCUAGUUGAAGCUGGCGCUCACACCGACAUGACAAAUAAACAGAAUAAGACUCCGCUAGACAAAAGUACAACUGGGGUAUCAGAAAUACUACUUAAAACUCAAAUGAAGAUGAGUCUCAAGUGCCUGGCUGCCCGGGCAGUUCGGGCUAAUGACAUUAACUACCAAGACCAGAUCCCCAGAACUCUUGAAGAGUUUGUUGGAUUUCAUUAAGUGACUGGAUAUGUAAAAUCAUUUAAUGCGGUGCUAAAAAGUAAAGGACUUUAAUCACAGACAAUAGAAUUAUGUGUUCAUAAAAUGUGCUUUUCUUUCCACUACCCUUCCUCCCUGCUCAUCCUUCCUUAGUUUUGUAUUUGGUCUUCUUGCCUCACAUGGUUACUGAUUUCAAAUACACUUUAAACAAAACCACAUUGUUUAGGUGUAACUAUAAUCUAAGGUGUUUGGAUAUUGGUCACUUAACUAUUUUUCUUUUUUUUAAGGAAUGAAUAUAAAAUAUUUUGUUUAUGUAACAAGGGCCCUUAUGAUUUGAAGUUGAUAAUGUUUUAAAAAAAACUGCCUAGAAAAGUAUUUCUGUUAAGCCUGUGUCAGCAUGUUAUUCUCUGCAGCAGUUUUGAGGAUCAUGAAGAAAAACAACGAAAAGGAACAUUAAAAGUAAUGGAAUAUCUAGAUGUUCUGCACAUGCCAAACUGCUCUAGGUAGUUUUCACUCUUCCAUUAUUUAUGUGAAGAGAUCAACGCAUUAUAACGUCAGGAGGAUUUUUAAAAAUAUAACUGCAGAUUAAUCUGAAAAAUGUGCUAACAAUAAUAGUUACAAAUUUAUAAAGUUAAAUCCAUUGAAAUUGUUGAAUUAUGCUGGGUGGUACAUAUACAGCAGUAAAUCUUAAAGCAACUUUUCAGAGAAUAUUGAUGGACUAUUUGCCUUUGGGCUUGGACUCUAAAAUGUGUGGAAGUCUCUGUUUUAAUGUAAUUAAUCUAAAUUGCAGCAGUCUGCAUUUGACUCAGCUCACAGACGUGUAAAAAUUAUGAAUGCUGUGUUCUCUCUUAGGAAACAAAUUGUCACAAUAUAGUUAUAUGUUCUUCUUUUGUCCCCUUCUCCCUUUCCUCUUGUGCGGUAUCUUUUAAAAUUGGAAACUACUUUUCCAGAGGGCAUUAUUUGUGCCUCCCUAAGAAGGUUUUUAUGACAGAUGAAAAGGAACUGGGAUAUUUUUAAUUUUUUCACUUUAUUCAGUCUGUGACAAGUAGAAAAAUCACUAGUGUGGUAUAGGAAAUUAAAUGUUUUUGAUAAUAAAAAUAAUUCUCAAUGCCAUUUGGAAAGAUAUUUCUGCCUGAGGGCAGCAAAUUUUGGAACCACAAAAUGUCGCUUAUUCCGACAGGCUGUACAGAGGUCUUUAUGGGUUUUGUUUGUUUGUUUGUUUUGUUUUAAUGGCAACAUUGUAAACUGUCAAAAGAAUAUUCUGUGAUUAUCUUUUAAGCAUCACAGAAAUUCAAGUAAAGGGUACACACCUAUUUCUUUCAAUGUUAAAAAUGAUAAAGAAAAUAAAAUUAGCUAUAUCUGUA